AUGAAUUAUAUUGAGCCUGAAGACAAUCUGGUGGAUUUCCCGGAGAAAUUUUUGAAUUUACGGGAUGAGUUAAACUUCAAACACGAAGCCUUGCUGGAGGACAAGGAAGUUGAGAGGAGGGUGGCAAUUUACGAUGGGCUAGUAGAGAAAGGGGUUAAUUUGACACCGAUGGAGUUAAUGAUUUUUAUGGACCGGAGUUUUAUUUGGAAAUAUCCGGUACUAAAUGCCGGUGAAUUAUUUGAGUUGGGCUCAAUUCAGAGCGAGUUCAUUGCCAAGAAACUGUGGAGUCCAUGGGUGGGAGACGAUGUGGUCUCAAGAGAAACAAUGGACUUUUUGUCCUUAUUCUUUGGAGAGGAUUUUCAAGAAGAAUUCUUCAGAAGACCAGCAACAGAAGAAGAUUUUCGGAAAAAGAUAGAGCUGGACAUCAUAUUAGAAGAAAUCUAUCAAGCUUGGUGGCGGCCUUAUUCAGCACUGCAGUUUGCAGUGAGGAGCCUGAGUAGGGUCGCUGAAAAUUCUCUGGAAAAGAUGGCGGCUGUUAAACUGAUCAAAUCCUACACGGAUAUAAAUACUGAAAAUCGGGAACUGUUACGUAGCACCGAGAUCGAGAGACUUCGAGAAGAAAUUGCGUAUUUGAAUAAAAUCUUAGCCCAGAAACCACAACCGGCGGAAAUGUCAAAUCACGACGACAGAGCAUCUUCUGUCAAUGAAGAUGAACAAAGCACGAAGGAAUCCCAUAAAGAAGAGUUAAAGAAAGUGAAGCACGAGCUGGAAGAGUCGAAAAGAGCCAAAGAGAUGCUGGAGGAGCACCAGAGACGGAUCCAGAGUGAGAUCAAACAGGCCAAUGAGCACCUGCAGCAGGAACUGAAGUCCAUCACUUCCUCUAGCUCACGCAUGAAACAGGCACUCAAAGCCAAAGAGCGUGACUUGGAUUCGACCAAGAGUGAGCUGAAAGAUAAAGACCACCAGAAUCGCAUCCUCAGCAAACGAAUAGCCGAACUAGAAACUUAUCUCUACGAUUUUAUGGAAUUGUCGAAAAACGAGAAAGUUGUCUCGACGCCUCGAAAAGUAAUUCCCAAAGAAACGAAGAAACCCAAAACUAUUCUUCAGUUUGGUCCAGAAAUCCCUGACCCCCCUCAGAGUACAGAAUCAGCUGCCAUUAUUCCCCCAUCAAACGGGACUUAUAUAAGUCCACUUC